GCGCACUGCUAGGACCCUUUGACAGCGUGGCCUCCAAACCCCCGCGCCGCACUCUCUUCUGGCCAGGGCAGCCCUCGCGUCCCGCCCCCAACCCCUCGGGUCGUGUCCCCGCCCCAGGCUCCGGCGGGCGCCGGGAGGGAAGGGGCCGGAGCCGGGGACCCGCCGCAGACGCCACCAGUCCUCUGCUUGUGGGGCCCCGCCGCGGUCACGUGAAGGGCUGAGCGGGGCGCGCAGGGACCCGGCCUCUCGCGGUCGGAGGGCAAAGUCCGCUGCUCGCCGCCCAACGCUCCCGCGUCCCCGCGGCGAUGCCAGGAGCCCGCCAACCGGCGGGGAUGCACCGCCCGCCCUCGCCGCCCUACCAGGAGCCGCCCGCCCUGGAGGACCAGGACCUUCUCCUGGCAGCUGCUUACGUUUCUGAUGCCCAGUACAACAGAAAUGUUCCAUUUGAAACAUCCCCUCAGGCCAUCAGGCUUUACUGUUUCUAUAACCACUGGACAAUGCGGGCAGCCACCUACUUCUUCAUUUGUGUGGACCUGGCUCUCGCCUUCUUUGAGGAACCAGCGUGGCUCCCACUCCCUUUCUUGGCUACCUCAAUUGCUGAAGUGCUCUGCCUGACUGUGUUCUUUGGGAGACUCGUACACUUUGCGAAAGUCACUCCUCAGAUGGUUUUCUGGAAGGAUACGAAAAACAUCUGCCUCAUGGUAACCAUCGUGCUGACUUUGAUUGAUCUGAUUAUCUAUGGGUCCCUGGAAGCUGUUAACAUCCGUGCUGUUCGAUGGUCAAGGGCCUUAAGGCCAGUCUUCCUCAUUAACUUCCCCGAAAGUCGUCAGAUCCGAAGGGCUUUCCGAAGCAUCCGGAACACCCUUCCCGAUAUCCUCUACGUCUUCCUCUUGUUCAUCUUCAGUGUGCUGAUAUUUUCCCUCAUAGCCUUGAAGCUUUUUGGGAAUAGGGGUCUUAAAACAGUGGAAGGAUCGCCCUACUUCACCAACAUCCUGGACAUCACAUUUGAGCUCUACGUGCUGGUCACCACAGCGAACAGCCCUGACGUCAUGAUGCCUGCCUAUGAGUUCAGUUGGUGGUAUUCGCUCUUCUUUAUAACCUACAUCAUCAUCAACACCUACAUCUUCAUGUCCGUCUUUCUGGCUGUUGUCUACAACAAUUACAGGAAGCACUUAAAGAAUGAGAUUCGCACACUGGCUUACCUGAAGCGUCACAAAAUGUUAGAGGCUUUCAACAUUCUGAAAGUCAAGGUGGGCACAGAGUUCAUGGUGACUGAGGCCCAGUGGAGGAGGCUGGUGAAGCUCGUGGCGCCGGACAUCAGCAGCUCCCACCUGGAGCUCCUUCUAAGGAUCUCUGACGAGGGACAGAAGGGGCACGUGGACAAAACGAACUUCCUACGCUUGGCUGACCUCCUCAACAUCCAGGUGGUCACUGUCAACAUCAGGAGACACCCGCUGGAAGCCUGGAUGCCUCAGGUAUACCAGUCAUCCGCAAGCCUUUUGGUCCAGAAGAUGGUUCGGCACAGGACUUUUGUCUGGGUUUAUGAUGUCAUCAUUCUAGUAAAUGCCGUAUUCAUUGCUUUGGAUGAGAAGAACCCCUUCAUUUCCUACGCAGAGUGGCUUUUCCUUUUUCUCUAUGUCAUUGAGAUUCUCCUGAAACUGUACACAUAUGAGCCCAGAGCCUAUUUUGGAAGGAAGCAGUUCUGGAACUGGUUUGAUACACUGAUCAUCAUCGCAGCCCUGGUGGCCACCGUGGCCAACACCACCAUCCGAUCAGCAAGAAAAUACAGCAGUCAGCAGAUACUGGAUAUUGUUUUGAUUUUGAGGAUACUCCGGCUCUUAAGGGUCAUCAUCAGCAUUCAGAGAUUCCGGGUGAUCGUGAUCACCUUAAUUAACAUCGGCCCCACGAUGCUGACUUUUGGUGGGUUGGUCUUGGUGGUCUACUACGUGUUUGCCAUCAUUGGGAUGGAAGUGUUCCAGGGCAGAGUGCACUUUGACCCCAGUUCUGCCAGCCCCGAUGCCCUGGCGUGUGGGAACCCAGCCUUAAAGGACUCAGCGUUUGCCCAAGGCAGGUACUGCAGGAACAACUUCAACGACCUGGCCUCCUCGCUCGUCCUGCUGGUGGAGCUCACAGUGGUGAACCAGUGGCACAUUAUCGCCAAUGGCUUUGCCCUCGUGACUCACCAGGCAGCAAAACUGUAUUUCAUCGUCUUCCAUGUCGUGGUCGUCAUCCUCAUUGUUAAUAUUUUCAUAGCGUUCAUCUUGGAGGCAUUUUUUGUGGCAUAUUCGUUAGAAAAAAGUGAGGUGGAAACUGCCAUUGAGAAGAAGAUCCAAGAACUUGGAGUCGGGGUCCAGGAGGAAGAAAUGCAGGACAGGAGCCUUGUUGACAACGUGGAAGCCAAGGACAGUGGCUUCCAUGGGGACGAAGGAGACAACAAAAGGAAGGCCUUGAAAGGCCUGUACUUCAGAAUUGCAUCAAAAAAGUACAGGACCGUGGACGCCUUGCUGCAGCAGAUGUUUGAGUCUGAAAUUGCUCCAGAGGAUGAAAGCCCUUCCUUGGAGGAGAUUCUGAAUGUCUCACCCAGCAGCAGGCACCCCAGGAAUCCCAGUUUUGGAAACAGUGUCUGACCUGGGCCUGCGAGGUCCUGGGUGUCUGGAAACCAAGAUAAGCUGUCAUUACUGUGGCAUAUGCUGCCUCAAGGUGGCUUUCCUGGCCUGGGUUCCCUUCUGUGUUGCGAUAAGCCUGUGAAUCGGCCUCCCUGGUCCUGAGUGCUGGCUCCGUGUCCUGCCCUGGAUCAUGCUCAGGGCUAAUCACAGAUGGAAGGAGAGAUUGUGGGGAGCACUUAUCACACACAUGCACGUACCUAAGUCCUCUUGUUGGUAUAUAAAAGCUUUUGUUUAUUUUUAUA